AUGGUUACCGAUUUCCAGCAUUGGUUUUUCAACAAAUACAAGAAAAUAUUCUCCCAGUUGCCCAGUUACGAAGCUAUAAAUGCAGCUGAAACUGCAAAUGGGACCGUUCAUUGCUUUCCAGGAGCAGUGAUAGGGCUGAAGUAUCAUGACAAUUUGUAUUUGAACAGGAGUGACGUUCCCGGGGGUUAUUCCAUGUUUGAAUUCAGGGAUUUCCUCGUAAAAUCAUUUGACUUCAACAUAAAGAAUGUCUCCCGGCUGAUUGAGGAGGAAAAGCCAAAAUUGCUGCUUCUGUCGCGUGCAAAAACAAGAAAAAUCCUGAAUCAGGUUGAGGUGGUAAAGCUUAUGGAGCAGUUGGGCUUCCGAGUUGUUCCUGCUACGCUGGAUAUGAUGAUGAAUUUUGAGGAAUUUGCUCAUGUUGUGAACAAUUGCAGCGUUAUUGUUGGAGUUCAUGGUGCCGGGCUAACAAAUGAACUGUUCUUGCCUAAUGGAGCUGUGGUAAUUCAGGUGGUUCCUCUGGGUCUUGAUUGGCCUGGAAAUGCCUGCUUUGGCGGGCCAGCGGUUGACAUGGGUUUGCAAUACCUGGAAUACAAAAUUGAACCUCAAGAGAGCUCGCUCUAUGAUUUGUAUGCUCCGAAUCAUCCUGUGAUUGCCGACCCUGAAUCCAUGAAGGCACAGGGUUAUCAGGCUUUCAGGGCUAUAUAUAUUGAUAAGCAGGAUGUCAAAAUCAAUGUUGAAAGAUUCAGGAAGACACUUGUUGAAACAAUGAGACUUCUUGGACGCCCCACAAAUCCUCUGCCUUGA